AUGUACGCAAACCCAAAUCAACCCCAGCCAAUAUACGCGGCACCCCGCGCGAGUGCAGGCUAUAGUCCUAACCUUGCGGCAGCCCCGCUUCCUGGCCGCCACUCUCCCAACCCCCAGCCAAUCUACGGUCUUCCGCGUGCAGGUGCCAUCGAUGGGCGAUAUAGCCCCAAUCUCGCAGGCGGGGGACUGCUGGGCACCAGUCCCAACCUCGGGAGGGCGAGCCCAAACUUGUCUGGAGCCACUCUGGGCGGUGGGGGAUUCGAAGUGGAGCGGGUGUCGCGCCCGCCAUCGGCAAUGGGAAUGGGCGGUAUGAUGCCAGGUGGUGUAGGAGGAGGAGCGGCGUACGACCCCGAAUUCGUCUACCGCGAGAAUGUUUCGAAGCUCAUCGCCGCAAAGACCCGUCCAUUCAGCGUUUCGGGACGGAUCCCGCUCGAUCCGGCCCAUUUGGUGUUGUUUUUCCGGGCGAAGACUGGUACAUCCCAUUCCCUCGACUUCCCCAUCGAUAUCGACUACAGCACCCCACCCGCACUCGACGUGCUAAUUUCUGCAUGCAGGACACACCAAGCACACGACACUGGCAUUGCGCACGAGUCCUACUACUAUCCGCCCAACCUGCCGUUGACACCGUCGGUCGAAAUCGCGAACCAUCCUCUCCUCGACGCUAUUCGGAGUGCAUUACUGCCCACUCUCCCAGUCGGAACCUAUCUCACCGCCACGCGCGACCGCCUUGACAUUCUUCUUGCUGGAGGGCGUCUCCCUCCUCAGCCUUCUGCUCAGGCUGUUGCUCGUCGCGAUGGCCGCGUCGCCACGCUAAAUAUCACGCUGCCCGUCCGCUUCACGGGUGGUGCAUUGACAGUCCGCUACCCAUUCGAUGGGCGCGUGGAGCGGCUGGAUAGUGUCGGCACGGCAGCCGGCCAGACUGAUCUGGAAUGGACGGCAUUCUUGGGCGAAUGCGAGCAUGAUGUGGAUGUGGUUACCCGCGGCUGCCGUAUGUCUCUCUCGUACGCGGUGUUCGCAAAGACGUUUGGGGGAGUUGGGACGGCUUCGCCGUUCGUCUCGGGACGUGUCCCUGAAUCUGUGUCGAGCCUCCCGCUCUUUACACCGAACCAGCCCUUCCUCGACUUGCUCCCACCGGUGCUGCAGAUGUCCCGUGGCCGGAAAAUCGCAUUUCUGUUGGCGCACGAUUAUGAGGUGGACCCGUCUGUGGCGUUGGCGGAGAGCCUCGUCCCACAGCUCAAAGGCGGCGACGCGCUUCUCCACAUAACUCUCAAAACAUACUUCAAGCUCACGCCCGCGCUGCACUAUACCGCCGGCGGGUACCUCUGGCCGCUCGACCGGCCCGUGGAAAUUUUCGACGAGGAGCCGCAGGCGCGCAGUGCUUAUGCCCCGCCCCCGCCUGCCGAUGCGCUCCGGGCACGUGUGGAGGCGAGUGGCGCGGUCCCGCUGAGCGAUGCGGGCGUUCAGCUGCUGACGGACUGGCGUGCAGGACAGGCAGGUGUCGGUGUGGGCAUGCCGGGUGGGCGGGAAGAGACACCUGUCGGCAAGGCGCGUGUGCAUUUUGUAUCCAAUGGGUUGUUGGAGAAGUUGGUGGUGAAUGUUGCGGUGGUGGUGUAUGUCGCUUAG